AACAUAUUGAGCGUCUAUUCAACCACAACACCACAACCACCGGUUACAACUUGCCACUUUGCUUUCACUUUACUCUUCGCGAAGGAAUGUCUUUCUUCUCGGGCGCAUCGACGUCCACUGCUGUAUCGGCUCCUGCUGCAACAGAAAAAGAUAUAGAAGUUGCCGACCCACCUACCGAUUCGAUCUCUUCGCUUGCAUUCUCGCCCCAGGCGGAUUACCUCGCUGUAGGCAGUUGGGAUAACAAUGUUCGGAUAUACGAAGUUGGCGCGAGUGGCCAGACACAAGGAAAGGCCAUGUAUGGCCACCAAGGGCCCGUGUUGAGUGUUUGUUGGAAUAAGGAGGGAAAUAAGAUCCUGUCGGGGGGAGCGGAUAAUGCUGGUCGCUUGUUCGAUGUUACAACAGGACAAUCUCAACAGGUUGCCCAGCAUGAUGCACCUAUAAAAAGCGUACGCUGGAUUGAGACGCCUCAGGGUGGGAUUCUUGCUACUGGGAGUUGGGAUAAGACUUUGAAGUAUUGGGAUUUGAGGACACCAAACCCUAUCUCGACAGUGCAAUUGCCUGAAAGAUGCUACACCAUGGACGUGCAGUACCCCCUGUUGGUUGUGGGAACCGCAGAGAGGCAUAUCCAGAUAUUCAACUUGACUAAUCCUACGACUGCAUUCAAGUCGAUGGUAUCACCGCUGAAGUGGCAAACCCGAGUCGUGUCGUGCUUCCCUUCUGCAAAUGGUUUCGCAGUGGGAAGCGUUGAGGGUAGAGUGGCUAUCCAAUAUGUAGAAGACAAGGACGCAUCGAACAACUUCUCGUUUAAAUGCCACCGACGAGAUCAAUCACCUACGCAGAAAGAUCAGUCUCUUGUAUAUGCUGUAAAUGAUAUCGCCUUCCACCCAGUACACGGAACGUUCUCCACCUGUGACCUCUCAGGUUCCGAUGGAACGAUCAACUUCUGGGACAAAGACGCGCGCACACGUCUGAAGAGUACGUCUUAUCAUCUCGUUAUCUUGUGCUCAUCAUCACUCUCAUCCGUACUGAUCGAGACCGAACGUCCUUAGCGUUCGAGCCUGCUCCCGGACCAGUCCCAGCUACUGCCUUCAACCGCACUGGCGCCAUUUUCGCAUAUGCUGUUUCGUACGAUUGGUCCAAAGGCCAUUCUGGUAUGACCCCUGGUCAUCCCAACAAGAUCAUGCUUCAUGCAUGUAAGGACGAUGAGGUCAAGAGGAAACCCCCCAAGCGGUAGAGGUCCUUUUUUGGUUCUCUGAGAGUGGAUAUUGUUAUGGGGGAUGGCCAUGCAGUGUGUCUCUUGUUGUUUCUAUCUUGCUUCGUGAAAUAUAUAUUCUGUCUUGCCUUGCGUUUCUGUGGAUUUUUGUGUGGGCUGUGUUGUAGCUGCAUCCUAUAGACGCAAGAUCUUUAUUUUUCAGUGAAUUAUAGCUAUUAUACAGUGAAGCCCGCAACCUUUGCAGGAGUAAUGAAUGUUACAAUCCUUU